UGGUGAUGCAGCUCUCAAUGAGGAGAGCUUCACGCGUUCAGUAGCGCUCAAGGAAAAAUGGCCUCGUCAUUCUGGAAAGGUGUUGUCUGUGUCGGUCUGUUCGCAUUGGCACAUGCAGCUUUUUCAGCGGCACAGCACCGAUCAUACAUGAGACUGACUGAGAAAGAGAAUGAAAUGUUACCUAUAGAUAUUGUGUUACAGACAUUAUUAUCAUUUGUGGUCACGUGUUAUGGAAUAGUUCACAUUUCAGGCGAGUUCAGAGACAUGGAUGCUUCAUCAGAGCUCAAAAACAAGACAUUUGACACAUUGAGAAAUCACCCAUCUUUCUACUUAUUCAAUCAUCGAGGAAGAGUACUCUUCCGCCCUCCAGAGCAGGAGUCCUCCACUCCAAAUCCCCAAGCUUUGCCCUCCAACCCCCUGCGUUUACGCAAGCUGGAGAAUUUUCACUGAAACUGGCCUUCAGAGGGCUGCCUUGCCUGUUUUUUUUUCUUCUUACAUUUAUUUGUUAGCUCCUCCGUUGGACAGGGAAAAUAAGAUAUUUCCUGUCUUUAUGAAUAUGCUGUACAAACAUGCAUUUCUUUCAUGCGGUUAUGCUUUUUGUCAAUGGACUGUGCCAACUCCUUUUCCAGCUGAUAUGUUUGUAAUUACUUGUUAUUGCUUGAGAGUCUUAAGUCUGUAGGUUACACCUGUAGCCCUCCAGUUGGCUCACAGAAAGAGGGCUUUGUCCUUCUUUUGCACCGAGGGCAUCCUAUCAUGUACAAUGUUGUCUUGCAACAUUUUGGCUCAACAGCUGACCAUACUGGCAACGGGUUCUUCCCUGUACCCUUCGGAAAGAGGUUAAAAUUAUGGACCAUAAAUUUGUAACUGUGUUCAGAACUAAUACCUAUGACUACUGAACUUCAAAUUUGAGCUUGUUAGGCAAAUAAUCUUGAAAAUUAUUCAAACAAGUCUGAACAAGGGCAUGAUAGAUGACGUAGAUUAAUAGCAAUUCUAACAAUACUGUGAACAUUCAGAGGGGAUGAAUAGUACAUUUUUUAGGGGGAGACGCUAUUUGUUUAUGUUUGUUAAGACACAACUCCUUAUUUUUACCUUAAUAAAUUCUGACAUUUUAUUGAUGAAUUUGUAACUUGAGAUCCAUUUAUUGUUUUGUCUGAAAUCGGCGUUUUAAACAAAGAUCUUUAUUCCUGGGAAUAUCAUUUGAUUAGGCGUGUGUGAAUUUUACACUUUAGUCAUUGAUGAUGUUAGGGGAUUAUUUGUGUUCUUAUGUGAAAUGUUCAAGGGUUUAUGUUGGUGUACUACAUCGACUUGGUGUCCCAUUGUUCUCUAAGCAGAGAAUGGACAGAGGAAGUGGUCUGGUUUAAGGCAAUAAUAAAACUAAUCCUUCACUAAGCUCUUUUUUUUUGCUAAAGCAGACCAGAAAUGAUCCUCAUUCAAACACUGUUUUGUCUCUCCUGUAUUUAAAGCUUGUUGUGCACGAUUGAUUUAAAAACUGAUGGGGAGCAUAUUUGUUUUGAGAGAUGAUGUAUGGUCAACAUAACUUCCACCUGCGUUACAAAUGUUUUUUUUUUAUUGAUGUACGUAAAAACAGCAAUGCUUAAGGUGUUUGCUCAAAGCCUUGUUCAGAUAAAGCAUAUGGGCAGCUGUGUGGA